AUGGUGCGCAGCCUGUCGCAGUGGACGAAGACGCUGAGUUUUCCGGCACGCAUCUCGCCCAACCGGAACUCGAAAGAUUGCAACGUGAACGUUCUACCGAUCACGCCACCGCCGGCUCCGCCCCGCAACAAGUCCACCUCGACGUCCACCGCGUCCAGCACGAUGUCGUCCUCAUCGCCAUCGUCCUCGUCGUCCUCCCCGACGCCACCCCCGAACGUGCCCAUUACGGAAAUUAGUCAAAUCAUAUAUCCCGAUCCUGAGUCCGAGAAGGCCAUCAUGGGCUCAUUGGUAUUCUGUAUCCAUCACAAGCAAGGCUGCAAAUGGUCCGACGAGUUGAGGAAAUUGAAGGCCCACUUGAAUACCUGCAAGCACGAUGCCAUCCAAUGCCCGAACAAGUGCGGCUCGCAGAUACCGCGCGUCAUGAUGACGGACCACCUGGCGUUUACGUGCAUCCUGCGUCGUGCCAUCUGCGAGUUCUGCAACGUGGAGUUCACCGGGCUGGGGCUGGAGGAGCACGCCGGUACGUGCAGCGCGGAACCGCUCUACUGCGAGUCGAAGUGUGGCACGCGUGUCCUGCGCGGCCGCAUGUCCAUCCACCGUGCCAAAGACUGUGCCAAGCGCCUGCGUCGCUGCCCGCACUGUAGCCGCGAGUUCAGCGCCGACACGCUGGCCGCACACGGUGCCACUUGCCCGCGCAGCCCCAUCCCCUGCCCGCAGCGGUGCGACGCCGGUCCAUUCGCUCGGGCCGACCUGGAGGCGCACCUGCGCGACGAGUGCAAGGCGCUGACGGUGCCCUGCAGCUUCCGGGAGGCCGGUUGCCGCUUCAAGGGACCGCGCCAUCUACUCGAGGCGCACCUGGAGGCGAACACGUCCGCGCACCUGUCGCUGAUGGUCGCCCUGUCCGGGCGGCAGGGCCAGCAGAUCAACGCGCUCAAGAGCGCCAUGGCGAAGCUCAGCACCAACUAUACUGGUACGCUGCUCUGGAAGAUCACCGACUGGGCGGCCAAGCUGCAGGAGGCACGCACCAAGGACGGCCUCGAGCUGGUCUCGCCACCGUUCUACACCAGUCAGUACGGCUACAAGCUACAGGCGUCCAUGUUCCUCAACGGCAAUGGGCCCGGUGAGGGUACGCACGUGUCCGUGUACAUCAAGGUGCUGCCGGGCGAGUACGACGCCCUGCUCAAGUGGCCAUUCUCGCACUCCGUCACGUUCACGCUGUUCGAGCAGGGUACGCUCGGUAGCGGCGGCGGCGGUCAGGGUGGAGUGGCGGAGUCCUUCGUGCCGGACCCAUCGUGGGAGAACUUCCAGCGGCCAUCGACGGAACCGGACGCACUCGGGUUCGGAUUCCCGCGGUUCGUCUCACAUGAGCUACUGAACAGGCGCCCCUUCGUCCGCGACGAUACCGUGUUCCUGCGCGUCAAGGUGGACCCGAGCAAGAUUGUGGCCGUGUAG